UAGCUUGCAGCAAACUGGGAAAUUUGAGCGUCUUCUACACAUUUCAGGUGUUGUGAUUGUUUUUGUUUUUUCUGUGAAAAACGAGUUUAAGAUCUGGAAUGAGAACUGUCCCCACUAUUGCCCACAGAGGAUUGUACCUGGGUUAACGUUUCCCAUCAGUGAGACAUCCUGUAAAAACCUGAGUAAUGAAAUCAAACCACUGAAGUCAUUUGCAGACUGUCUAGACAAAUAUCACAUAAGCCUAAAUGGCCUCUAUGGAGAGAAAACAGGGGAUUUGCAGUCCGUUCAUUCAACGGCGCAACACUGUGAGGAAAACAAGUGCAGAAAUAGUCAGUGAAGCCAGACAGUCCCUGCGAGUCCAGUCCACCCAGCGCCCGUUUACUCCCAGAGAUGGACACAGGCAACUUUUUGGAAAGAGCUUUGUUCGUGCAGACCGUGACAACAGACCUCCAUCUACCUUUAGUCUUCAUGCUCAACAUUUUGAUGCUCCUGACUCCAGGCCAGGUUCAGGGACUCGCCUCUCUCCUCUGGACCAUAAGCCAAAUUUGCCAGUCACCUGCGAUGCUCAGGAUCCAUUCAAGGCCUUUCCUAGACCCCCCACUGACCCCCUGGAAGUAAAGAGGGGGCUGCCACGAGCAAGGGCACGCUUCCUCCGGGCUGGAUCUCUCACCACGUUGUCCCCCGUGGAGGGACACAUGGAUGAGCGAUUAAAUCCAGGCCCGAGACAAAAGCAGCCGUCAGCUAAAGGACUCCCCAGCACAGACCACAGUGAGGUCCGCAGUGGUCCCCACAAACCUGGCCCACGCAGAACAGCAAGUGAAAGUAGAAUAAAGCAGCCUGGCAUUAGACCCACAGAGUGCGGAGCGGGACGGGGAACAGAGCUGAGGAAUGGAGACACCACCACAAGCACAGAGGAGGAUUCAGAGUCAUUGGUGUGGAAUAAUACGAUUGCUCCUCUUCUCCGACAACUAGAGAGUGUGGCUGCAGGCAGCAACGAGGGCUCGGUGGACCAUCUGUGUGAUUUGUGCGAAGGUCUUCAUGGCACCUUGGCAGGGUCGGACAUGCUCGGCCGACGCUGUAAGAGGAGGUCAGGGAUACUUCGAACACUGUUCCGCCUCAUCGACCUCAACUCUGCCCAGCUCAACCUGCACAUCGCCAAGCUCUGCCUCGCUCUGUGUAUCAGUGGAAAUAACCUGCUCAACAUCUGUAAGCUCAGCUUCCAGAUCAGCCGCAGUGAAAGCAACGACAUCCUCUUUCACAACAACUCGAUCAUAGACUCGUUUUUGGGCGUUUUGAGCAACGAGGAUGUUUCCUCAUCUGGAGAAGCUCUGCUGUACUGUGUUGGGACUCUGAAAUUUCUCUCAGGAAACAAUGCAAUCCUCAGACUCCUGCUGGAAAAGAAUUGUAUUGGUGUGGCUCAGAACCUCAUCCAGAGGCUCUGCACGGCAGAAGACACCAACUUCACUAUAGCAGGGCACAUCCUCGUACAGCUGACGGCGACCUUGAGGAACCUUGCAGAUCACCCUGAUUCCCGUCCAGUCUUCAUCUCCUUCUCUAUACUGUCAGAGCUCGAUGUGGUGCUGCGUCAUCACCGCAGAGACCCGGACAUCUGCACCAACGUUUCCAGAAUAUACAGUAAACUCUCCUCAUACUCGGAGUGCCGCCUCGCUCUGGCCCAGACCCCCGACUGCUACCAACUAUUUUUAGAACUGCUGAGCAUACAUCACCAAAAACAGACAAACUGCACACUAAACAAAGACCUUGUCGUGCGCUUUCUUUUCACCCUCGGGAACCUCACAGCCAAAAGUGACGAUGCUCGGCAGCAGCUCUUUCAGUGCGAGGGCUGCAUGGACAUGCUCCUGCAGCUGUACGUCACGUACCAGCGCAGAGACGACUCAGCACACCCACAGAAAGGUCCCCCUUCCCCCAGCGGGCCUCAGGCAUCUGCAGUGAGCGUGCAGGAGGACGAGGACGUGCUGGUGAAGCUGGUCAGGGUGCUGGCGAACAUGUGCAUCCACCCGGCUGUAGGUCCAGCUCUGGCAACCAAUACCCCCUGCAUUCAGCUGCUGAUGGAGACACUUGAGCUGAAGUCUGUGCAGGAAAGCGAGGAGCUAUUGGUGAAUGUGGCUGCCACCAUCAACAACCUGUCCUUCUACCAGGAGGAGAGCUCUGUACUAAGACGCAGUCAACUCACUAUCUCGAAGUUGAUGUUGAAGUUGCUGCUCAGCUCCAGUAUGGACGCCAUGCUCGAGGCCACCCGUGUAUAUGGAAAUUUGUCACAGUCCAAGGAUGUACGGGACUUUAUUAUGCAAAACAAAGUGCACCAGUUUGUAGUGACGCUGCUCGACUCAAAAAGCACUGAGAUGUGUUUUUCAGCCUGCGGGGUCCUCACCAACCUGACUCUGGACCCUCCCAACAGGCUCAGUCUCUCAGAGGAGGGGGCUGCUGCCAAGCUUGUGGACUGUCUGAGAGACUUCGGAGCAGGUGAUUGGCAGCUGGCGGGCCAGGUUUGUCAGGCGUUGUGGAACAUGAUUGGCGGUGGCUCAGAGAAGCUGCUGGACACACAGGAGAGAGCGUCCCUGCUGGAGAUCCUCACUACAUACUUAGAUGAAGAGGAGGCUCCGAAGUGGAUAGAGAAUGAAGAUAUGAGAGACUACCACAGGGCAUGCUGGGAGUUAGAGUUCCUACCUGUAGCUCAAAAAGUGAUGAAGAUGCUUCAGCCUCCAGACCGGACAGCAUGACAAACUGGGACAUAGAGUUAAGAGUUUGUUGUUGUAGAUUGUUUAUAACUGUGAAAUACUGAAACAAGAGUCCACAUUAUAACUAUUAAACACUUAUCUCCUGUGGGUUAUAAAGGUGGCUGUAAAGGUCUGUAGUUUCCUUUUUCAGAGAGAAAGCAGGUGAAGUCAGCUUGAAUUUAAUUGAUUUUCAUCACUGGUCAAAACUCCUUUUAAAAGCGUCUCAAACCACUGCCGCAGCACAAUUGACUCCUUCACUGGCCGGGAGGAGUCCGCUCAGGUUUGUCAUAAUUUAGCUAAAUGAUGGCAAAAAUACUUGAAAUUUAAGCGGACUAUUAAUGUUAUUGUUCAUAAAACUACAAACCUUUUACAGACAGUUUUAGGCCAACAGAUUUAAAAAAUAUGAAACACAGUGAAUCUGUUCAAAUAUAUGUGUGUUGAUGGGAAAAUACUUUUAUUUAUUUUUUUGUAGCACUUUAAUUCCCAUAAAGCUAGCAGGAGUCUUCAUUUCUGUGUGCCUUCACAUGUACAGGGAUAAUUUAAUACAAGCUCUUUGCACAUUUAUAUAAUAGACGUGAUCUGUUUUGUUAGCUGACUGUAUUGUAAAGGUUAUUUUAUGAUAAUAUUGUCUUGAAAACAGAUAACUGACCUGUAAUGUACCUCACAAGUAAAUAUUUAUUGUCUGGGGAUUAUGUGUCAUUGGAACUUGUACAUAAUAAACAGGAGGAAGUGGAAAA